UAUUGGUUACCCUGUCUUGACUUUUCAAGCAAUUUUGGGACUAUAAAUAGCCCAAGAGGAUGAGGAGGCGGAAGGAAUCUUAAGCUGUGGGCUGCAUUGGAAAGAGAAGGAUAGAGUUGGGAGUCUGAGAAUUGAUUUAAUAAUUCAGAGUACAGCUUGAAAGUCCUGUGCUUAUUGAAUUGACAGAAAAAUGGUGAGAGCUCCUUGCUGUGAUAAGAUGGGAAUGAAAAAGGGUCCAUGGACACCUGAAGAAGAUCAGAUUUUAAUCUCCUACAUUCAAAAAAAUGGCCAUGCAAAUUGGCGUGCGUUACCAAAGCAAGCUGGUCUGUUAAGAUGCGGGAAGAGUUGCAGAUUACGAUGGGUAAACUACUUAAAGCCUGAUAUUAAGAGGGGAAACUUCACUUCGGAAGAAGAGGAAACUAUCUUUAAGCUCCAUGAAAUGUUAGGGAAUAGGUGGUCAGCAAUUGCAGCAAAAUUACCCGGAAGGACAGACAAUGAGAUAAAAAAUGUGUGGCAUACUCACUUGAAGAAGAGACUUAAACAAUACCAGACAAAACCAGUCACCAAACACAAUCCUAAGUCCAAAUCCAAAAUCAAAUGUGAGUCGUCCGACAAUAUUAGCACAAGCCAAUUAGAAUCUGGACACUCAAGUUCCAGUACUACAGGCAACAUUCCAUCAAGAACUGAAAUUCCAGAGCAGACCCCGAUGUCACCUCAGCCAUCAUCAAGUGAAGUUUCCUCCAUUACUGAUGUCAACAUAGCUACAACUGAUCGGGAAGUGAACAACAUGGAUAUCAAGGCUGAAAACAUGGAGUACUCCUGGGAAUGUUUUCCUGAAAUUGAUGAAAGUUUCUGGUCAGAUGCACCGUCCUCGGAUAAUUCUAGUGCAUUACCAUUAAAUUUUGAAGGAGUCCCUGAUGAGUUCCAAUCUCAAGUUCCUUCAAGUUCAAUUGAUCAUGCCAUGGAACCUGACCAUGGAUAUGUUCAAAAUCUUGAUGAUGCGAUGGAGUUCUGGUACGACCUGUUCAUUAGAGCUGGAGGUGAACAAGAUUUAAUUACAGAAUUCUAGUAAUUCUUUAAUUGGAGUGGCGUUUACUGUUUCCCGUGUUUGACUAAAACCAGACAGUACUUAUCCAAGGUAGGGACAAAAAACCUUUCCACGGUUCAAAAGUAAGAAUCGCCUCAUUGACCAAGAAACUAAAAACCAAGUCUUCAUAGGAAGCGUACUAAUCAUUCAGAAGGAAAAUUAUUCCCUUGGAGACUCGGUGUGGUAAGGGGCCAAACAGGAGAAUAAAGAGGAAAGAGAAAAGAUUGACAUAGAAACAGUUCUGUAUAGGAAUUUGGCUUGGAGUACAAGUAGAUGCUUACUUCAAAAAUCAACAAGUUCAGCUCAUUGGGCCAAUAUAAAUUAUAGACUGAUGAUGAUAAAAUUUUCUAAUUUAAUUAUAAUACAUGAUAUGUUUAUGUAUUUACAAAUCUUAAAUUAUGUGCUUAUAAUAAAGUUGAUCAUCAUUCAUCGAUUAUACAA